GGGAGAGAAAGAAGGAAAGAAAGAAAGGAACGAGGUGUCGGCAAAGGAAGCGAGUGGGCGCCGACGAACUCAGUGAGUUUGAGAAGGACUCGGUUUUUCUCUUGCUGGUUUUCAAGCGAGGCUACAGCGAGAAAAGAGGAGAGGAGGAGGAAGGAGCUAUGGCGGAUUCGAGCGAGUCAGUUUCCAUUGACAUUGAUAUGCUGUCUUUUGGUGGCAAGGAAUGUGUGGUUAAAACGAGCAAAGGUUCAAUUUCUGUGUACGUUUGUGGGAUCAGGAGAAGCCGCCUCUGAUUACUUACCCAGAUGUUGCUCUCAAUUCCAUGUCUUGCUUCCAAGGAUUGUUCUUUGCCCAGAAGCAGCUCCUUUGUUGCUUCACAACUUCUGCAUAUACCACAUUGAUGCCCCAGGCCACGAGUUGUUGCAGUUGGGAGCUGAUGUUAUUUCUUCAGAUGCUCCACUUCUGAGUGUUGACGACUUGGCAGACCAGGUUGCUGAAGUGCUCGAUUACUUCGGGCUGCAAAAGGUCCUGUGCUUGGGUGUUACUGCAGGAGCUUACAUCCUUACACUAUUUGCAAUGAAAUAUAGAGAAUCGGUGCUCGGGUUGAUUCUUGUUUCUCCCAUUUGCAAAGCUCCUUCAUGGACUGAAUGGCUUUACAAUAAGGUUUUAUCUAAUGUAUUAUACUUCUACGGAAUGUGCGGGAUAAUGAAGGAAUGCCUCCUCCAGCGGUACUUCAGUAAGGAAAUGAGGUGUGGUAUACAAGGAACUGAAUCAGACAUCAUUCAGGCCUGCAGAAGGUUGCUUGAUGAAAGGCAGAGUUUGAAUGUGAAGCGUUUUCUUCAAGCAGUAAAUGAGAGGCAUGACCUUUCAGACAGCUUGCACAAAUUGGAGUGCAAGACACUUGUAUUUGUAGGUGAAAGUAGUCCGUUUAGAGAUGAAGCUGUGUAUAUGAGUUCGAAAAUGGGCAGAAAAAGCUGUGCUCUUGUUGAGGUUCAGGCAUGCGGCUCGCUGGUAACCGAAGAACACCCAUAUGCAAUGAUAAUCCCCAUGGAGUUCUUUCUCAUGGGUUUUGGCUUCUAUAGGCAACACCCUAUGGCUUCUUCUUCAUCUAGUAAUGGGUCUAACCAUUCGAGUCCCUCGCGGCAAUGUUGCAUAGCACCGGAGCUUCUCUCCCCCGAGAGCUUGGGGAUUAAGCUGAAACCGAUCAAAACCCGCAUAGACAUCCAGUUCUGAUGCAACAUUGAAGUAAAAGAUGAGAUGGUCGGGGAAAGGAAAGCAAGCAUCUUGAUCUCAGUGCACAUACUAUGUGUAGUAGAAGCAACCAGAACAAAAAGUCUAUAUACUCGGCAAUGAUAUAGAUGGUAUAUAUAUAAGAUAUAUGUGUUGGUAUUCUUUGAUUGUAUUGGCGGUAGGAGAAGUAUUGUGAUUCAGUUGGUGGGGAGGGGCUUUGAAGUUUCUUCUACUUCACUUGUAUGAUGAAUGAAAGAUGCAGUGUAGAUGAAGGUGGGGAAGGGAAAGGAACAAAGAAUUAGGAUCCUUCUUUCUCUAGACAUUCAUUUGUAGGUCCUUUUCUUCUUUUCUACUUUAGGUGUUUUAUGUUGAUGUCAUUCAUCUCUGUAACUCUGUUUUGUUUUCUGUAAUAACCUGAUGAAUGACGAAGAAGAGAGUUGGAGGUUCUUCGGAGAAUUGCCCUUCAGAUGAUUUAUCGGUUUGUGUUUGAACUCGUUUGUCCCUUCAGCAGGUGCAUAGGUUGGUCG